AUUAUGAAGCGGAGCUCAACCAGCGGCAGUCUCCUCUCAUUGUCUCAAUGGCUGCACACGCAUUCCUCCUGUGCUCCCUCGCCUUGCUGUCCGCUCUCUGCCGGCCUGGUCUCUCCUUCGAGGAAGAGCUGCUGCCGGGACUCACCUAUGAUGAAGUGCCUGAAAUCCUGGACAGAAGUAAAGACAACCCCAAACAAGCAACAAGAGUCACAUCAAGUCAAGAUGGUGGGUACGGCUUAGAAAGUGAAGAAGUUAUUUUGACGCCUGAAGAUGAAAACCCGCUCAGGAGAAUACUGCAGCCUUUUAACUGGCACCAGCCAGGGAUGUCUCAUAGUAAGAGGAAGCUGCUCCAGUCACUGAUGGGACCUUAUGGCCCACUGAGUGUAUCUUAUAACGGGAAGACCUGCAUUUUGUUUAAAGCAAAGCGCCUGGCAAUCCGCUACAGGAACCACACUUUCAUUGACCUGACCGAGAGGGUCUUUAACCCAAACUCACCUGUAGACACUAAGGGCUCCAUCUGCACUAAGGAGAAAGCUACGCUGUCAUUAAGGUUUGGUGAUGUGGAGGACUUGCGUGGUCUAGUCAUCAGGCUUCAGAUGUCCAACACUUUUUAUGAGGCUGCAGGUCAGAACUGGUUUACCUUAGACAGUGUUCACAUCCACUACAACUGGACCCAGGAGGCUACAUUCAACGCCAGCGAGGUCUACGCUCCGGCCACAUCAUCCUACCAUUGCCAGCACGUCAGCAGCCUGCACAAAUAUGACACCCUGCUAGUGCCCAGUUCCCACACUGACACAUCUGCUAACUGGCACAUCACUUUCACUGAUUUCCAGAUCCAGGCCUUCAAUGUACAGUCUGACAAGUUUGCGUCAGCCAGCGAUUGUGCCACUUUCCUCACGCCAGCCAUCUUGAUGGGGCUGGUGACAUCUUUGAUCCUACUCCUUGUUUUAGCCUACGCCCUGCACAUGGUGGUACACCUCAAGCACAUUGAUCGCUACGAGGAGCACAAAGCCACGGUCUACUUUCCCCGUAGCCCAGAGGCAGAGCUGCCGGACAAGAACAGCCUGUGAGAGGAGCUGGAGGACAACAGGGGCGAAAGGGAGAGAGAAAGCUGAAAAGCAAAGCAGAGGGCAGUGCCAUUGAAUAGAAGAGGAAAAAAGUAUCUACCACAGAAAAUUUGUCUAAGAAAAUGACAACAUGACCUGUUCAUAUAAAAGAAAACAAAAAAAAAGAAAAACAACUUGUAAGUGUUAACUGAGUAAACGCAGACCGUGGUUGGAUACUUUUUCUUCUUUCCUCAUUGACCUGAAUCUUGGCGUCCAUAUUUUGAAUAAGGCCUUUGGAUGCUCAAGACCGAGAGGUGGUUCAUGAUCCUAAUGUCAAAGGUCAGGGACAAUCCCGGGGCCCUGAAGGGAAACAGCAAAUCUAGGCCUUUACCCCAGCCAGGCAUUAAAACCACAACAGGCUAGCAACUGUAGCUAAUACAGCUAACAUCAGAUGCUCCUGAUUAUAAGUAUGUAUUACAUGGUUCACAAGUGUCAUAUCACAAGCUUGUCACACAUCAAGUCGUCCCAGCUUUCAUUACAGUGUACUUUGUCGAAUACUUCUGCAAGAAAUAUAUAUGUCGAACAGCCAGUUUUAUAGCGGUAUUAGCUGCAUGCCACAAAAGGCUAGUCUUGCUAGGCUAGCUCAGUGUUUCCUCAUAAUACUGUAUGGAUCCAGAAGUUCUUGCAUGAGUUGCAGCUUAAAAUAAAUAAAUCUGGCACAAAAUAGAAGGAGCUUGAAAAGCUUCAUGGAGAGAAAGAGAAGGGAACUAUCAGGAACCACUGGUCUAGCCUCUGGCUGGAGUGAACGGACCAGCACUACGAACCCUUCAGAGCCUCUGGCACCUUUUGCCCACCCCUGAACAAACCUGCUGCUUGGGACUCAACUGUGAAACGGCCUUUUACAGACCAGCCAGACAAAGGGGGUUCUAUAAACUAGCACAACAUUGGUUAGCUGCAAGAGCACUAACAACAAACUUUUAAAGACUAUUACAUGGAACUAUGCUGCACAAGUCAGCCUGUCUGUGGGCAUGGCGCUGGAAUGCGGGUUCUGGAUGACUUGACUCUCUGAGGGUCAGGCAUUUGGACAAGGGAGGCCGUGGGUCCUCCAUCCACACCACUGGGUUUGACUGCCUGUGAAGCUACAAAGGAGUUGCCAUAAAUUAUGGUGAGAGACAGAGUGAGAUAAUGUGAAAAUGAAAGCUAGGGGUUACAGCUAUGUACAAAACAAACAAAAACACAUGUACAGAAGUGUCACUCUGCGGAGGUCUUUUUUUUAUAUACAAUGUAAUCAUGAAAUAUUAAUAGGUACAGGAUGACUAUGCUAAUCCUCAUAACCAAAAGGAUAUACAAAGCUGUAGAUACAUUAAGAUCUCUAUAUGAUCAUAGCUGUUUACUAUCUUCAAAUAUUGCACAGCUAAUAAACAUAGGUACAAGUAAGACAUUGUGCUAUGAGGAUUGGUGAAAGUAUCAAUGCAUAUGAUUUUUUUUCUACCAAGUAUGAACAUAUUACACUGUCUGUCUAUUUGUUUUAAGCUGGACCAGACAAUGCAAGGUCCAGUUUCAUCGAACUGUAAAUUACAGUACAAAUUCCUACCAUAGAAGGACGAUACUAUGGAAUGCCGUCCACCCACUGGGACUUAUAGAUGCCAUUAUUAUUCCAGAGGCCACACUAGCAGCAGUAACAGCAUCAGUAAGUCAUUACUACUGAUAAAAACACUCAGCAUGACAGUAAAUAGAUAUCUUAACAUUCGAUAUGGCAGUUCUGUCAAUCUGUAGCAGUGUGAAAUGUGUUCUUUGGUCAUAAAUGUAUCUUACAAACUAUGAACUGAGUGGAGGCAGUUUGUCCAAGGACCAACUGAUGUAGAUUGAACAAUAAAUGAUGUUCAGA